AUGGUGCAGAGGCUAACAUACAGGAAGCGGCAUAGCUAUGCCACGAAAUCUAACCAGCACCGGGUCGUCAAAACCCCCGGUGGGAAGCUGGUGUAUCAGACCACUAAGAAGAGGGCCAGUGGUCCCAAGUGUCCUGUGACUGGCAAGAGGAUCCAAGGGAUUCCUCAUUUGAGACCUGCUGAGUAUAAAAGAUCGAGGUUGCCUAGAAACCGUAGGACUGUGAAUCGUCCUUAUGGCGGAGUGUUGUCUGGUGUUGCUGUGAGAGAGAGGAUUAUUAGAGCUUUCUUGGUGGAGGAACAGAAGAUUGUGAAGAAGGUAUUGAAGAUUCAGAAAGCAAAGGAAAAACUUGCUUCCAAAAGCAGUUAG